AAGAAACCAUACUUCCUGUUGAUGACGCUGAGGUCCCUACCUUGUUUUCCUUGAAGGUUCGUGUAGCUUGCAGCGCGGGAACAUUUUGCAGCGUGAAUGUGAGGGUAAAGUUGGGGCAAACAAAAUAAACAAAUGGAUCCUUCGGAAGUCGAGUUCCUCGCGGAGAAAGAAACGGUGAAGAUAAUACCAAAUUUCAGUCUAGACAAGAUCUAUUUGAUCGGGGGCGACCUGGGUCCCUUCAACCCUGGACUGCCAGUGGAUGUUCCUGUGUGGCUGGCUCUCAACUUGAAACAGAGACAGAAAUGUAGAAUUGUUCCUCCUGAGUGGAUGGAUGUUGAGAAACUGGAGGACAUGCGAGAGCUUGAGAGGAAGGAGGAUACCUUUACACCCGUUCCCAGCCCUUACUACAUGGAGCUGACCAAGCUGCUACUUAAUCACGCAUCAGACAAUAUUCCUAAAGCAGAUGAGAUCCGCACACUGGUCAAAGACAUUUGGGACACACGUAUUGCCAAACUCCGUCUGUCCGCCGACAGCUUCAUCAGUCAGCAGGAGGCACAUGCCAAGCUGGACAACCUAACUCUGAUGGAGAUCAACACCAUUCGAGCGUUUCUUCUUGACUCGCUCAACUGCAUGUACAAACUACGUUCCAAUCUGCAGCCUGGUUCCAGUAAAGGACAAUUCACGGACUAUUGACCCACUAGAUCAAAGCCUGCUGAACACGUUUGGAUCUUGUCCCAAGAAUUUGGGGCGGCUUGGAUGGAAGUGUGUACUUACUGAGCAAGCUCUUCAUUACUGAAAAGACAGUUUUCUCUGAAUCUGAAGAAAGCUCAAGAGUUGUACUCAGCCUUUUUAAGGGAUUAUACUUCUCUCGAGGGAGACAUAUGUUCCGUACAUAUUUACAGAAUCAUUAUAUGCAUAUGCUGUUUGCAAUAUGUGCAUACUUCAUUUCAUUUCAUUUAGGAUGCUCAUAGUAGUUUAAAACAGCCACCAUGCUUUUGUAUGUACCAGUAUGUGACAAAAUAAAUGUAUUAGUGUGUAUGUCCCUGGUAUAUGAGUAUAUACAUUAAAAAAAAAUUUCCCUACAAUUUUAUAUUUUUAA